AUGGCGAGCGAGCUGUAUGGAGCUGAUGAUUAUGCUGCAUGGCAGGCUGAGGUCUUGUCAGCGCUGGAGGAGAUGGAGGCGGCGCGGGGCAAUAGUUCACGGUUGACGAUGGAGAGGUCAGAGGACGGAGAGUUGCCAUUUGCUGCCGGAAUAAGUUCAGUCGUGCAUCCAAAGAAUCCCAACGUUCCGACGAUACAUUUCAACUAUCGGUACUUUGAGGUGGACGAGGGAGAUGGGAAGACAUCUUGGUGGUUCGGUGGAGGAACCGACUUAACUCCGUACUACCUGGAUGAAGAGGACGUGAAGAUGUUUCAUCAAACCCUGAAGAAGGCAUGUGACAAGCACGACAAAAGUUACUACAAGCAGUUCAAGACAUGGUGCGACAACUACUUCUUUGUCAAACACAGAGGUGAGAGGCGAGGUGUCGGCGGUAUAUUUUUCGAUGAUUUGGAUCAGCCCAAUCAAGAGGCAGCAUUUGCCUUCGUACAGUCGUGCGCAGAAGCGGUGGUGCCAUCUUUUGUUCCAAUAAUGAAGAAACACAAGAACGAUGGUUACGGUCACAGAGAAUGGAACUGGCAACAGCUUAGGAGGGGCAGGUAUGUAGAGUUCAACCUGAUCUACGAUCGUGGCACUAAGUUCGGACUUCUGACACCAGGGGCGCGCUUUGAAAGCAUACUGAUGUCUCUACCAACGACUGCACGGUGGGAGUACAUGCAUUCGCCAGAAGAGGGCUCUGGCGAGGCAAAACUACUAGACGUGCUUAAAAAUCCAAAGGAUUGGGUCUGAAUGUGUCUCUCCCAGAAGUUACACUGGUUUGUGAGUCUGCUGACACGAUUUGAUUCAAGGAAUGGUAAGGAAGUCGACUCGACUAAAUCAUUUUUCUUUCUCUGCUCUGCAUCUUCGUCUCUCAGUCUCUCGCCCUCUCAUCUCUCGUC